CAAAUCAUUCAUACUUUUUAAGCUGCUCAAGCUACAAAUUUAUAGUCCGUUAUAUUUAAAUUGUUGUUUUACAUUUCGCAAACUAAUUGGUCUUAAGCUUUCAAUAAUGAAUAAUGAAGCAUCGAGAAGGAAACGCCAAAGGUGCACCGCAUCGCUCAGAGAUAUUUUGUCAAAUCUGGGCAUUCAUAACAGAAGGGACUGGUUCGAGUAUUUUGAAAAAAAAAGACCGCCGCUUAGAAGCGAAACGUUGGCCAAAAAAUCUGAAAGAAAAUUUAAGGAACAUUCAAUACCUUUAGAAAGACAAAGAAGGCAACUUGAAAGAAGCAAGAAGCAAGAGUCACUAAAGACGGUGAUUCCCCAAAGGGAAAGUCUGGUAGCCCGAAUCUUAGCUAAAGUCUUCUCACUAUUCUUCGAUCAAGCACCUAUUGAGCAAAUCAGCAGCCUGGUCUUCACUAUAUUCACCAUAGCUAAAUCGUUGGUAGGGAGUAUUAAAAUGCCAGGCAUUAAACAUGUUUUCCAUAAGCAAGGCUUCCAUACAUUUCCUCCAUUUAUAUUUUAUGGAUAGAGUAGCCCCCUUGAAAUUAAGUUCACCAGCUCAUUCAGUCGAUAGCUAAAGCCAAAGAUUUGAGUACUCUUAUAAAUCCAAGAUUCACAAGUCAAAUCAACAAUUAGCCGGGCAUCAGUAAUAUUAAUUUUUAAUUAUCAUUAGAGACGGCGAGUGAAGACAUAACAAUUCUGGGUAACAGAAUAAUUGACGUCUUUCGUGUAUAUAACUUGGUAUUUGUUUAUAUUGUGUCAUAUUAGCUUGAUAAACAUAUAAAAGAAAGAAAUAAAUUUGUAUUAAAAAAACCAUGA